ACUUGUCCAAAACUUGUCCCAUAACCUCAAAGUUUGUGUGCUUUGCGUGUGUUUAGCUUGUGAAACUCCUGCAAAAAUGCCCAUUUUUCACGAUUUCCAAGCAUGAGCGCCUUCGUCUACUUAGACGUAUCGCUGCAUUUGAAGACAAUUCCAAGAGAGCCAAUUCUUCCGGUGUUUCUCAAGGGAGGCAUUAUCACAUCGUUGGAGGAGGUUUUCGGUGAAAUUGGAGGCUGUACGACUGUGGACGUGCUGAAAUUCAAUCCAGAAACGCUGAAAGUUAUUCUGCGUGUGCCAAAAGAGGACUACGUGAAGGUCCGGACAGCACUGACUCUGAUAGCAACGUUCCAGGGCAUUCCUUGUCGCUUUCACGUGAAUUGUGCCUCACCACUUCUGCUCUCUUUGGUGCGCUGUGAGGACUUUUAG